GUUUUCUACAUUAGUUUCUUGACUUCUAUAUCGAUCGGACCGUUUUACGUGUGGUUUUACGUUAAUCAAAAUGCCGGACGCAUUCGAAAACGCCUAUCCGCUGUCGCCGUCAUUAACUCCGCAAGAGAUACGGGCGCGCGCCAACUCGGCAACGAAGCGUAAACCUGUGGUGACAUUCGUUGCCGGCGAUGUCACCGUGGAAAUACCUGACAAAUCUGUCGUCGGCAUCGACAAACCGUUAGCAAGAAGUGACAAAACAGACGCGGAGCUGGACAGUUUCGCAGAAUCCCUAAGCACCAUGCACAGCACUUGGUUUGAUAAGAGAGACUUACAGCAUAGAAUAUUUGUCAACAGAUCUCUGCAUUUAGAAAAUGUUAAGUUUUACGGAUUUGACAUGGACUACACACUGGCUGAAUAUAAAUCGCCUCAGUACGAAACUUUAGGAUUUAACUUGACCAAAGAAAGACUGGUAACUAAAGGAUAUCCACAGGAAAUAUUAGAAUUUGAAUAUGAUCCUUCCUUCCCUGUUAGAGGUCUUUGGUUCGAUACAUUAUAUGGCAACCUGUUAAAAGUAGACGCUUAUGGCAACAUUCUAGUCUGUGUACAUGGAUUUGAAUUUUUAAAACACUCGCAAGUUUAUGAAUUGUAUCCAAACAAAUUCUUAACUCUCGACGAGUCUCGAGUAUACGUGUUGAAUACGUUAUUCAAUUUGCCAGAAACCUACCUCAUAGCAUGUCUCAUAGAUUUCUUUACGAAUUCGCCACAAUACACAAGAGGAAAGACUGGUGUACGAUGCGGUGAUUUAGCGAUGUCCUUCAAAUCUAUAUUCCAAGACGUAAGAAAUGCAGUCGACUACGUCCACAUACACGGCGAUUUGAAGAAGAAAACCACGGAAAACUUGGAUUUGUACCUGAAGAAGGACGAUAGGCUACCGAUGUUCCUCUCGAGGAUACGAGAGAGCGGGGCAAAGUUGUUCAUUUUGACCAACAGUGAUUACAACUUUACAGAUAAAAUUAUGAAUUAUCUCUUCGAUUUCCCAUACGGAGCAAAGCCCGGCGAGCCUCACAGAAAUUGGAAAACUUACUUCGACUGGAUCGUAGUAGACGCAAAGAAGCCGUUGUUCUUCGGAGAGGGGACGACGCUACGCCAAGUGGACACGCGUACGGGCGCUUUGAAAAUGGGACAUCAUGUCGGACCUUUGCAUGAAGGACUGGUCUAUUCAGGAGGUUCAUGUGACGUUUUCACCGAGUUAAUAAGCGCGAAAGGCAAAGACGUGCUGUACAUCGGCGACCACAUUUUCGGCGACAUUCUCAAGUCGAAGAAAAUCGGCGGCUGGCGCACCUUCCUCAUCGUGCCCGAGCUGGUGCAGGAGCUGCACGUGUGGACCGACAAGUGCCAGCUGUUCGCGACGCUGCAGAGCCUGGACGUGCAACUCGGCGAUAUGUACAAGGAUCUGGAUUCAAGCACAAAGGAGAAGCCCGAUAUAUCGAAACUGCGCAUGUCGAUCCGCGACGUGACUCACAAGAUGGACCUCGCGUACGGCAUGCUCGGCUCGCUGUUCCGCUCCGGCUCCAGGCAGACUUUCUUCUCUUCGCAGGUGGUGAGGUACGCGGAUCUAUACGCCGCGUCGUUCCUCAACCUGAUGUACUACCCGUUCUGCUACAUGUUCCGCGCGCCCGCCAUGCUCAUGCCGCACGAGUCCACGGUCGCGCACGAGCAGCGGUUCACCGUCGACACGCCCACCAUUGACCGAUCCAGACACCCAAGCACCCAGCGAAUGGUGACGGAGCGCACGUUCGCGGCCGCCAGCCUCGCGGAGGAGGCCGAUGAAGUCGUCCCCUCCGCGCCAGAGACCACGGACGGAAAGGCGGGCGCGGGCGCGUCGGUGCCGCACGCUCGGCCCGAGACACCGCAGCGCCUCACGCACACGCACGACGAGGACUGCUCCGACGACGAGGACGUGUCUAAGGCACACAAGUAGACACAGGGUUCGCCAGACUACAGUCUCGGAUGAUCUAUAUGUAUCGUCAAUUAACAGCUGUUCUUAUAUUAUACGUUACUGAGAUAGGGUCUAAGGAACGUAUCUACAAAAGUUAAAUGGUUGUCGUUUGAUCGUGCGAGAUAAAUAAAUGAUCAGUAUAUUGUUGAUUAUAUUUUAUUGAUUGACUAUAGAUUUUGUUUUCGACAAUCUUGUAAAUACAUAUAUCUAUAAACAUACCAUGAAAAUUGUCUACAAAUUACCGGUGCACAUAAAUUUUAAUUGCAUAAUAUAACAAACAAUGUAUUUCGUAUAAUUUUAUUUCUCUGAACUAAGGUGUAGACAUACUAGAUAUUUUCAAUAACUACGCAAUGUUCAUUGGUGCUUACGCAAAAAAUGAGCAUGCUCAACUUGAACAAUAGAUUACAUUAGUAAGGUUCCAGUACAAUAAACUUAUUAAAUAAAAUUAGAACAUUAGCAACAUGUCAUAUGUUUUGCACAUAAGCUAAUCCUAAAUUCCUAACUAUGUGCCACAUCUUAAAUAUGUAUUAUAAAAUACUUAAUGUUUAUUUGUACGUUCAUGUGUAUGAAUUCGCUUCAACGUUCAUCCGAUUGAGUUGAAACUUUGUACAGUUUGUGUUGGCACUUGCGUUAAUGUGUCUGACAUAGUACCAUCAACGUACAGUAUGUGGCGUGCACCACACGAAAGGCAUUGCAACGCAUGCCAGGCGUUAGGCAAUGGUGAAUAAGUUUAAUUCUUUAGUAUGUUGAUAUGUUAUGUAGAGAUUUCUAGCGAAACUCCUUUUUAGUGUAUCUAUACAUAAUACAUAUACAACAAUUUUCUGAAUCUUGCAAAAUUAAAUAUAAGAGGAAAGUAUAUGGGCUAGUCAAAUAUAGAAAUAACUCGACAGCGCAUUUUUUUUAAACUUCAUUUAUUUUUAUAGAAAAUUAAAAACGAUUAAAAUUAGGCCUUGUCCAGAAGAGCGAAUUUGCCGCGAAUCAUUUCGCGUGAACUCAUAUGCGCGUUAGCGAGGUAAGGACGCGAAAGCAUCGCACGAAUUUUAAAUACGCGUGUAAAUCACGUAUAGCACGCCAGAUUCUCGCCUUACGUGUACAACGCGCGUUGCUCGCGCGAUUCGAGACACUAUACUUUAUCCACGGAAAGAAGUUAGGACUCUCUAUUACGUAAUCCCGUACAACAGCUGACAAAGUGGGAGUUUGUGGGAACAACCAUUUUGAGAGGCCAACCAAUCAUAAACAUGUUUUUAAAAAAACAUCCGUUCUGUGACGACAACAGGCAUUAAAAUUUCGUCAAAACGUGUAAAAAAGAUGUGUGUGUUACGGAAUUCACUAAAACUAAACAAAUAUUAUAGUCGUUUUGAGGCUGGUCAUAAAAGUGAUAUUUAAUAUUUUCGUGAUUGUUAUUCUAUGCAUAGGUUCAUUAAUAUUUCUUUAUUAAUUUUACAUUUUUAUGUUUACAUGUGUAUAUAACUAUGUACCUAAAUAUAAUUUUUCUUAUAUUUUUGUUGUGAAGUAAAAAUGUUUAUAGUUUUGUGGUUCAGUCAACGGUCGUGCAUUUUAUUACUUUAUUUAUCAAAAAUAAUGGCGCUAAUUCGGCUGUCCCCAAAUCUCCAGGUACAAAUUACUAAAUGGGUACAUGUAUAAGAUUAUAUAAUCUGUCUUAUAAAACUAAUGAAAAUCGCGUGGCAUCAAUAAAAUUAUUCUGUAAACAUAUUAACAUUAAAAAUAGUUCUGUUUAAAAUGCUGUUUUCUGCUACGAAAACCUCCAUAACAGAAAACAGGAUUACUGUAUAGAAUUUUAAGCAACAGCAUACGUAAUAACAAUGAAAACAUUAAAGCAAAUAAAGUAUCAGAUACGUUUAUUCCUAGUUAAUCCAAGAAUACACGAGCUAUUUGUCGUCAUUUUCUUUUCACACAGCUUUUAUAAACAGACUAACUAUUUUUAGAUCUGUCAAUUUGUUUAGAAUUUUAUGUACUAUCCAAGUUAGAGCAAUUCUUCUAUUACUUUACUUGAAAUGUAAUUUACUUGAAAAUUAAACACAAUAGGUAUACCUACAACUUCAAGUGAAAGUAGUACCUAAUAAUAUAAGAGCAAAUGCACAAAAUAUAACGGUGUAGAAGCUAGUAUCUGUUUAGUUAUAGUGAAAUUAUAUGAACUAAAGAAGAUUCUUAAGGAUCCUAAGGAAACUAUUCAAAUUGUAAAGCAUAAAACUUAAGAAUUCUCCUAAUUACUUAGUCAUUUCAUAUUGCUGAUUCAGUUAUACACAAUCUCAAAUCUAAAUUGACAUAAUUAUAAAAGUUAUGUUAUUCCUUUAAAACCGUGUUUUUACCAUUUUACCUGCGAGAAAAAGAUGGUUUUAAUUCUGUCAUUCUAAGGUUCAUUUAAGGAGUGUAAAACUGAAUGAGCACCAGUAGGAACACUAUGAAUAGAAGUAGGUAUAGACACGAUGAAAAAGACUUGUAAGGUGCUUGAACCUCGACAUUAUUUUGAAAUAUAAAAGUUUUUAAUUUGGCCAGUACUAGGUUUUGAUUUGGGCCUGUCCAAAUGUUGUUUAAGAGAUCGUAUAGUUUAUUUUUAAACAUUAUUAUAACAUGAUGUUGACUGGAUUACAAUGAGUUUUACUUUUAUUUAGUUUUACGAUUGUAUGGAUGUAGAUGUAAGUAUAGGUACAAAGUAUCACGAAUGUGUCUAAAAUUGAUUAAACUACGUAUAAUGAAAAUGUGAUUGUUAACGUAGUGAUUUUUUAUCGAUUUUUACUCAAUCACACAAAAGAAUGUAGCCGAGAUGAUAAUAUAGAAUGUAAUAAAAAUAACAUAUUAAAUA